UCAGGUAGUAACUUGUUAUCACGUGGUAUCUGACAGCGGCAGUGUUGGGCACCCAACAAGAGCUUCUGAGCACCCCUAAUUUUGCCCCCCAGCAGGGGCCACAGGGGUGUUCUCCAUUGGGGUGAACGGCAGAGGAGGUUAAUGGUGAGACCGGGAACAGUAAAAACACCAAACUCAGGAUGUUUUCAAGGAAGAAGCGGGAGCUGAUGAAAACUCCGUCCUUAUCAAAGAAAACCAGAGCAGGAAGCCCAGCACCACAAACCGAGCUCCCUCGUAAAGAUGCCAGUGACACAUCCGGCUCUACUGAUGUAACCUCAAACCCUUCACUCAGUAGCAGCCCAGGGAACACUGGGACCCUCAAAAGACCCACAAGUCUGAGUCGCCAUGCCAGUGCUGCGGGGAUCCCCCUGUCCUCUCCAAGGGCCAAGUCCAGCAAAUCGAAUGUUAUUCCAAGUCCACCUGAAAGUGGAGAGGGAACUUUCAUUGAGGUGGAAGAUAUCUCGCAGCUUCUUGCUGAUGUAGCAAGAUUUGCAGAGCGACUGGAGAAACUCCGGGAUGUGGUAAUGGGAGACGAGAUUAAGGAGACGCGUCGUCCUUUGGCACACGAGUGCCUUGGAGAGGCCCUGAGACUACUACGUCAGGUGAUCAGCAAGUAUCCUCUUCUCAACACUGUGGAGACCUUGACUGCAGCUGGGACCCUGAUAUCCAAAGUCAAAGGUUUUCACUAUGAAUCGAACAUUGAGAAUGAGAAGCGAGAGUUUGAAAAGGCACUGGAAAGUAUGGCGGUGUGCUUCAGCAGCACGAUCUCCGAGUUCCUUAUGGGGGAAGUGGACAGCAGCACGUUGUUAUCACUCCCUCCAGGGGACCAGAGUCAGUCUAUGGAAAGCCUGUGCGGGGGUCUUUCUGGAGGAGAUGGGUCUCUUUCCAACACAGAGUAUGUGGAUACAGGAAGCCCUUUUGGGGAGGACGUAGAUGUGAUAUUACAGCACAGUGAGGGAGGAGUUAGUGCCGCUCUUCUAUACGCAAAAAACAUUUCAAAAUACAUGAAGGACCUCAGCAGCUACAUUGAAAAGAGAACUAUUCUGGAGAUGGAAUAUGCCAAAGGACUCUUGAAACUAGUGAACACAUACAAGGGACCACUGACCCAGGAGCCGCACAUGCCAUUCCAGUCCAUCUACUCUGUAGCUUUGGAGCAGGAUUUGGAUUAUGGACACGGAGUUCUCCACACUGCAGGCACACUUCAGCAGCAGACAUUCCUGCAGCCUGUGAAUAUGCGCCGCCUGGAACAUGAAAAGCGCAGGAAAGAAGUGAAAGAGCAGUGGCAGCGAGCUCAGCGAAAAUUGAUGGAGGCAGAGACCAACCUUCGGAAGGCACGUCACGCGUACCUGCAGCGCAGCGAAGAGCAUGAAAGAGCCCAGUACGCUGCUGCACGUGCCGAAGAGGAGCAGAGCCACACAGGAGCCAAAUCUCUUGACAAGAAAAGAAGAGCUGAAGAGGAGGCCAAGAACCGGGCAGAGGAAGCAAUGGCUACCUACCGGACCUGUAUUGCAGAUGCCAAGACUCAGAAACAGGAGCUGGAGGACGUGAAAGUGAAUGUUCUGCGUCAGCUUCAGGAGCUCAUCAAGCAGAGUGACCAGAUCCUGCGCUCGGCCACCAUAUCAUAUUAUCAGAGCAUGCACAUGCAGACCGCACCACUUCCAGUUGGAUUCCAGACCUUGUGUGAGAGCAGCAAACUGUAUGACCUUGGCCAGCAGUAUGCAUCCUAUGUCCGACAACUUGGGGCGGAAACUGAGGUGGAGACUUGUUAUGACUUCCAGCCUUACACCCCUCAGAUUGCAUGGUCUCCCUGUGUUCGGGUUCGUAAAUCCAGCUUAAGCUCUCAGGAUUUUGUGUCUUCAGAAAAUAAAGAGAUAAGUGCAGACGAGCAAGUUGUGGAGAGAAGAGGUGGUAAAGGUCACCAAGUUCACAAGUCAUGGCCACCUGCUUUGAGUGAAGGGGAUACUUCUGGAGGCAAUGUCACAGGUUUUCCUGAGAAGCUCAUUCAACCUUUGUCACCCACUGAGGACACUGAAAAGAAGAGGCUCAGCACACCUUUGGAGCAGAGUAUCAAUGGACUCCCUGAUAACAUAGAGGUUCCUAUUUCCACUGGCCCAUUCCGUAACGUUGGCCUGUCACGGGCAGCUAGGACCCACAGGCUGCGCAAAUUACGGGCUCCGAGCAAAUGCAGGGAGUGUAACAGCUAUGUGUACUUUCAGGGUGCCGAGUGUGAGGAGUGCUCCCUUGCCUGUCAUAAAAAAUGCUUGGAGACCUUGGCCAUCCAGUGCGGUCACAAGAAGCUGCAGGGCCGAUUGCUGCUGUUCGGGAGAGAUUUCUCAGAGGCGGCUCUUCGUUCCCCCGAUCUUGUCCCCUUCCUCAUCCGUAAAUGCGUGUCUGAGAUAGAAGAGCGUGCACUGACUAUGAAGGGAAUAUAUCGGGUGAAUGGUGUAAAGACACGCGUGGAGAAGCUGUGCCAAGCCUUUGAGAACGGGAAGGAAUUAGUUGAGCUUUCUCAGGCCUCCCCACAUGAUCUGAGCAAUGUUCUAAAACUUUAUCUCCGCCAGCUCCCGGAGCCACUGAUGCCGUUCCGUUUGUACAACAGUCUAAUGGGCCUGGCCAAGGAGAGUCUACGAGGAACAGAGGCUGGGAAAGGGCCCAAACUGGAGAACAAAGGCACAGAGACCGAAUCGGAGGUCCUGGCAUUAGUGAUACGGCUAAAGGCACUACUGCAGGAACUUCCUCACGAGAACAAGACAACUCUCCAGUAUCUGAUGCAGCACCUAUGCAGAGUCUCGGAGCAAGAGCAGCUAAACAAGAUGAGUCCGAGCAACUUAGGCAUUGUUUUUGGCCCGGCGCUGAUGAGACCUCGUCCCACAGAAGCAACCGUGUCGUUGUCAUCGCUUGUGGAUUAUCCUCACCAAGCUAGGAUUGUAGAGACCCUCAUCAUUUUCUAUGAAACCAUUUUCGAGGAGCCCACUGCAGAGAAGCCACUGAAUUCUAGUGAUGAAACCACUUCAACAUUCAGCAGCGCUCCCAAACUUCAUGUCAUGGUUGAAGAAGAGACAUCUAACUUGGCCCCAGAUUACCAAAUAACCUCAUUCAGAGAUCAGACAGCAUCCUCCCUGGAUUCAGACUCUGACUCAGAUGGUGGAGAGGAUCUCACAGAGGGUUGGGAACCUGCAUCCCUGAAGGGCCAACUCACCAAACAAGCCAGUGAAACAAGCACAGAUGAUAUUCCCUAUAUCGGGGCAGAUUGCCAGUCAGAAUCCGAGGAGGAUGGUCAAACUCGCAGGAAUCUUGCAGAGAGCAACACCAACCAGUCCAACAAUGUUCUGUUGAACAGUCGACGACUGAUGCCUCCUUUGCAUUGCCGCCACCCUCUACCGGUCAUCCGGGUGCUACAUGGAAGAAUAGCUAUGAGCGCUGCUGCCGCUGACCGUUGUCCUCAGUUUGUUUAAGUGACUAUAUCAGAACACGCAAGCACUUCCUGCAGCUUCUGCCAACAUCCUCUUAAUAUGGAGGGCUGCAUUAUUUUUACUGCUCAUUAGGCGAUCAGCAGCUUCCAGCUUUGUAAAUGCAACUAUUUCAGGGUACCUCUGUGGUCAUCCAAGCAAGAGGGGGUCAUCAGCCCCCCUCCCCCAUGUGGCAGACCCAGAACGUGUGCAAGAAGAGAUUGUGUGAAAUAAGUACAAAUGUGUCAGCUGUUUAGAUCUGAAAUUUUAUGUAUCUGCUUUGAAUAAAGUUUUUCUAAAAAAAAAAAA